AUGAGUCGGGUAUUCGACUAUGGCAGUCCUCCGCCGGAGAAAAAAACCAAAAUCAACUCAUGCCGAGAGGCUAUGUUCGGUGAAAGAGCACGAAAAUGGGCAUUUUUCUUUAUUGUUGCAUUUCUCGCCUGCUUGACCAUCAAGGACGUCGUCGAUUUGGUACUUGAGUAUAUGGAUGAGCCGAAGGAAUCCGAUAUGAAUAUCGUAUUUAACGAUUCGAUGACUAUGCCUAAUGUCACAUUCUGUAUGUCAAAAAAACAAGCAUGGAGUCAUUUUAAACUGAAUGAAAGUGCUUCGGUUGAUGAAUGGGACAUGAUAGUCGACGAAGCUUUGGCAAAUAUGACAGAUCAUGACAGUUUCAUGGCAACAUUGUGGGAUUAUCGUCUUGUUAUGGAAGCUUAUGAUAUGAUUGCCACCUACAACAGUCUCGAACGUGAAACAACGGCUCAUGGUUCAGCAAGGUCCAUUAAUAUCUAUCGAGUAUCACCUCGACUGGCUGGGAAACGAAAAACCUUUAAAAAAUGGAUUGAAGUGCUGCAGUCACGGAAUAUUACCUUCGAGGAGUUCACUCAGAAGACCGGCACAGAAGUCCUCCGACGUUCGAUGCAGCGUUUCCAACGUACCACUUUCAAUGAAGAUUUGGUCAUCAAAACCAAACUGAGAACUUCGUGGAUCUCUCAAAUGCAGAUAUGCUUUCAACCGUUGUUCGACGAGGACAACUUCUAUGCCAUAGAAGAUCAAGGAAAUUUCUUCACAAUGCUUUUAUCUCAUAACGCUGAAAACCUCGAUGGAGAACAUCUGGAGUGCAUGAGUGUUGAUUUCCACGGACGCCCUUCAUCACUUAACCGAUUCAUGGAGGGUAAAGGGCGAGCCAGAGACGGUUUCACUUUUGAGCUAUGUGCUGGUCAACGUCAUGAGGUCACUGUCGAAGUUCGGGCACUGUAUCAGAUGCUCGAGAACGACGAGCCUGGAACGGCCUGCCGCGAUGUUGAGGACGGCGAAGACAGUGAAUUUGACUGCCGAUCUCGGUGUCGCAUGCAGAUGAUUCGGGACAUGUGCCAGUGCACGCCACUCUCCCUUAGCUACCUUGUCGAUGAUCUGGACAAGUUCCCACUGUGUGACUACACGAAGUGUGAAGUUGACGUACAACAGGGUAAUUACUCUGAUUCGGAAUGUUCCAAGAGCUGUUUUCGCGAUUGUCGACAAAUUCGAUACGAAAUCGAUCAUGAAGUGCAAGGGAGAAUGGUCAGGCCUGAUUUGACGCUGAUCAACUUAAACUGGGGUUCGUUCGAGUACCUCACCAUGGAACAACAAUGGAAAUACUCGAUUACUGCGUUUAUUGCCGCACUUGGAGGUUCUAUUGGGAUGUGGCUUGGAUUGAGUAUACUCUCUUUAAUUCAGGUGAGCACUUUUAAAGGUUUUCUUUGA